CGGCGCCGCCCCUUCGCGCCCCGCCGGGAGCAUGGGAUUGAGGAAGGAGGGCGGCUGCAGGCGGUGCCAAGCAAUUGUAAACUCAGGCGUUGGCAUGCCCAGAUGUGGUCCAGCAAGUCCAUGUAAAGGACACUUAAGUACUAAGAGUAAUGCUUUGUGCGUUGACUCCUCUCGAAAUCUAGGUAGUCAAUAUCUGAUCAGAGAUCACAUGGUGUUUCAUUAUAACAGAAUUCUUUCAGCCAAAGCAGCUGUAGACUGUUCAGCACCCAAAAGUAGGUCGACCAGCAUCAAACUUGCUGACCAGCAAAGAAGAGAGAAACUGAGAAAGAGGAUGGGCAAGUGUGAACAGAAAAUGUGUAUGUGUGAAGCUGCCUCUCAGUCCUGUUCAAAAGACAAUGGAAGGCCACUGCCAUCCUCUUUUAAAAAGACUUUCAUGGAAGUAGAAGACAAUCUCUUCCCCUGUUCUGGGCAGGCACAGUGCCUAUCAAAAGCAACAUCUCCUUGUGCCGAGCAUUGCUUGGUUCACUGCAGUCCCAUAAAAAUCACCAGGAAAUGUUCUCGGAAUACAACCAGGGCACCUUACUCAAACUCAAGUAUCUGUGUGUCAAGGCCACCAGUUAAACACACUGUACUGUCACGCAGUCACUCCACCGAGAGUUUGGUGAGCAUCGGCUGUUCCCACAAGUGUCGAGGACACCACCACAGAGCGAGGAGCGGGGAUAUCCUAGAGACACACUCUGAAUACUUUACUAGGAGCCGGAAACCUUUUACUCCACGCACCUUAAUAUCAGAUGCUAAACCUUUCCUGUCAGACUACAGGUUUUACACUCCUGCUCAAAGGAGGAAGAAAAAUCACCACAAGCUGCGUGUGGAAGCUCAAACACAGACUGAUAUGAUCAGCUUUCCAGCUGCAGACAAAACGUGUGUGAGAAAAGUUAUGAGUAAACACCAGAAGAUCACGUCAAAGGCUGAAGAUAAAAGACAUACUUUGGAUGAGCAUGGGAGAGGAGUAGGUUGCUGUCAAGCCUCCAUCCUAAGGGAGACAGCAUGCUGUCCUCAUAAGUCUUCACUAAAGAGGACUGUCGAUACUGAGGAAGAGGAGCUUUUAUAUUUAACUUUCAUUGAAGAUGUAACAAAUGAAAUUCUUAGACUUGGCGUAUUUUCUAACAGAGUCCUGGAUGAACUGUUUGAGUGCUAUAUAGAAGAAAAUAAGAACCGCCUCAAUGAGGGCAAAAUGCGCCAGAUGUUGGAAGUGCUGAAAUCAGACCUCGGCUGUGGCCGGGACAGCGAGACAGAGCUGAUGCAUGCAGGCCAGGAAGCCUUGGACCCCCUGCAUGUGCAGGAAUUUGAUGUGCAAGAACAGCUUGAGUUUACCAGUAAAGGUCACAGGGUGAGGAAAGCUACAAAAAGUGAAGAAUUCAGUGAGACCACAGAGAUGUCGUUAAAGGAACCAAACAAAUGUGAAUCAAUGUCAUGGAGCGAAAGGUCAAGGGAGACACAGAUCAGGGAGGAGUUUUCAGAAGAUACCACAGAAACUAUGGAUGCUGGGACAGAGUCCGAUUCCUGUGGUGUGGAAUUUGAAGAACACCCAGGCACUUCACACACCUGUAAGGGAGCUUUAAACUUGAUGGCUUGUGACAGUGAUUCAGAAGUCAAUAAGGAAAUUGAUGAACUUAAGGAAAACUUUGCAGGGACCCUUCACAUUUCACAUAAGUAUUCAUAACAGUAACCAAAACAUACCUGUUGAACAGGGAUUGAGCUCCUUCUGUGGUGAAUUGCCAUUUGUCAGCCAGGAGUAAAUUGUUCAGCUUACUUUCAGUUAUUUCUGUUUAAAUCCUACUAAGAUCUCUCUAGCAGGAUACUAUUAAUUGGGCAAUAAUCUCUGUGUAAAUUAGACCUUAAAGGAUAAAGGGUUGGUUAUCAGUAGAAUUUUGUAUAUUUUGCCUAUAAUUGUAUUACUCAAAACAAACUUUAGAAUAUUAAAGUCAGAUUUAUAUUUUUAGAGCUGUAACAAUAAGUUAGGAAAUAUUUCUUAUUUUAAAUAAAUUAAUUGAUAGUG